GCCGCCCCCUCCGGGUAGAAUUUAAAGGGGGCGCGGCCUCCCGCCCAGCCCAGGUGACCUCCCGGGGCCUCCCGCCAAGGUGCCCCGCCGCCGAGGAACAUGGCGAAGGUGGAGCAGGUCCUGAGCCUGGAGCCGCAGCACGAGCUCAAGUUCCGAGGUCCAUUCACUGAUGUUGUCACCACCAACUUAAAGCUUGGCAACCCAACAGACCGGAAUGUGUGUUUUAAAGUGAAGACCACCGCACCGCGUAGGUACUGUGUUCGGCCCAACAGCGGGAUCAUUGAUGCUGGGGCCUCGGUCAAUGUAUCUGUGAUGUUACAGCCUUUCGAUUAUGAUCCCAAUGAGAAAAGUAAACACAAGUUUAUGGUUCAGUCUAUGUUUGCUCCAACUGACACUUCUGAUAUGGAGGCAGUAUGGAAGGAGGCAAAACCAGAAGACCUUAUGGAUUCAAAACUUAGAUGUGUGUUUGAAUUGCCAGCAGAAAAUGAUAAACCACAUGAUGUAGAAAUAAAUAAAAUUAUAUCCACAAGUGCAUCAAAGGCCGAAGUGCCGUCAGUGUCCAAGUCUCUGACUUCGUCUCUGGACGACACGGAAGUCAGGAAGGUGAUGGAGGAGUGUAAGCGGCUGCAAGGCGAGGUCCAGAGGCUGCGGGAGGAGAACAAGCACUUCAAGGAGGAAGACGGGCUGCGGAUGAGGAAGACGGCUGCGCAGAGCCCCAUGUCGGCGCGGGCCGCCGCCGGGAAGGAGGAGGGCCUGAGCACCCGGCUACUGGCGCUGGUGGUGCUGUUCUUCAUCGUGGGCGUCAUCAUCGGGAAGAUCGCCUUGUAGAGGUCGCAUGCGGAGGAGGCAGAUGGGAUGGAUGGAGCUGCCGUAUCAUGGGAUUUAAAUUUAUCAUAACCAUGUGUAAAAAGAAGUUCAUGUAUGAUGACAUCUCACAGGUCUUGCCUUUAAAUUUCCCCUCCCCAUGCACACACACACACGCACACACCAGUAUCACAUAAGUUAACGAUCUCGUAGAGGGUUACCGUGUCUAGUCAGCGAUGGGGGACGGGCCGCGCUCUCCGUGCCGGGAAGCUGACGAGCGCCUGCGGCGCGGGCUGGGCCGCGCUCCGAGCCGGUCGGCCCGGGUUCCCGCCGCCGGGUGCCCUCUCGUGACGCGGGACGCUCUUCCUCGCGGCGGGCGCUGGCCCGUGGGCGCGGGAGGCACCGCGGCCCGGCUGCCCGCGCUGGCCCAGGGCGCGGUCCUGCGCCUGCACACCCGUCCGUGGGACCCACGCGGCGCCGCAGACGCCGACGAAAAGCCCGGUGUCCCGGCCGCCACAGAGGGCCCCCGCCCCGCGGCGCCGGAGCCGACACGCGAGAGGAAAGUCAGCGCUUUGUCCCGGGACAGGGACCGAGCGCGCGGGGCUGCCGGCUCGCGGGGAAGCGAGCUGGCCUCUGGGACGCAGGCCUCUGUCACUUACUGAACGUGUCUCAUCUCGUGUGUGCUUGCUGUCGCCAGUGCAGCUAGGUACCGAGCGCCAGCGGGCAGGGUCCCCGGCUGCAGGGUCCCCCCUCCGCCAGCAGCAGCCCUCGGGGGGGGGGGGGGAGAGCCCCAGGGGUGACGCUCCACUCCGGGUCACCCACUUGAAAUGGAGAAGAGCGGCCAUUCUUCCGGAAUGUUCUUCCACCGCCCUCAGCCACCACUCUGAUUUCCAGUGCAGGCCCGGAGCUGUCCUGACAGCCUGUGGCCCUGGCCGGCAGAGGGGGGGGAGGGCCCGGCGGAGUGGAGCGGGUGGGGGGGGGGGAGGCUCCUAGCUGAUCCAUCUACUGCUAAUGGAAGUCUGACUGUGAAUUAAUUUUAUGCCAUAAAAGACCAAUCCAAUUCUGUUUGACUAUGUAGCAUCUUAAAAGAAAAAAAUUAAAAUAAAGCCCCAAAAUUAAGAGUU